GUCCCGUGCAAUGUGCACUCUCUGGUGCUCUAAAUUCAGUCAAGGGCAAUUUCCAACUGAAAAAACAACACAACAUUUUCUUAAAAAUGUUUGACUUUUACAGCAAAUACAACUUUGUUAAGAGUUCAGAAGAAGCUAGCUGAAUAACGGAAGCUGCUCCUCCUGUUAGUAAGCUAACAUGUCAGACUGGCUCAGUGUGUGUGUGCCCAUUAGCCUGUUGUUGGGGCUGAUAACAGGAGCUGCUUACAUGUUGUACUCGGGACUCCUCUCAGACAUUGUCGUACUAACUGGCUCUGCUCCCAUAAAGAAGAUUACUUUCGCCUACAAAUUCAAAGAAGGACCGUACAGGCAGUGCGGGCAACUUUUUAAGGAGUCUCACAACAUUGGACCAAAGCUUUCAUGUAUUGCAGUAUUUUAUGACGACCCUACAAAGGUGAUUGGACCACAAUGCCGCUACGCCGUCGGCAGUAUUCUCAGUGAAGGGGAAAACAAGGCCGAUGAGGAGCUUCUGAAGAGCUAUGAGACAUCAGGCUUUAAUGUCUUUUCCUUUCCUGAAGUCACACACGUGGUCACUACCUCUUUCCCCUACAGAACAUUUUUCUCUAUCCUCCUGAGAGUAAGAAGAGUUUACCCACGGCUACAUCGCUACAUCCAGGAAAGGAGGCUGUGUGCACACCCGUUCCUUGAGAUCUACAAAGAGGGUAAGAUCCAGUUCAUGGCCCCUUUGGCUCGGCAGGGAGAUUUCUAUGUGCCUGAAGUCCGGCGGGUAAAAAGGAGGCUGUCAGAAGAAGAAGAAUCGCACAGUGAUUCAGAUGUCUCAGGUGCAGAGUCGAACAGUGAAUACAGCUCAGGGAGUGGGGUUUUCCUGUCAGACAGCAGAGAGACGUCCCUGGCGGCGUCCUCGGUCCACUCUGUGCCUAUCCAGGAUCAAGGGGAUAGAGACUACAGAGAGAGAAGCUGGGGAACCUCUUUUAAAGAGGUGGACUGGGAGCAGACUGGUGGACAGCAGGCAGAGGGAGAGGAGCAACUUCACGGAGACUCCAACCAGAAGAGCCUGGAGGCUCCCUCUCAGGAGUGGUGGGGUGCCGUUGGAGAAGAGGAGUAAACGUUCAGUGAGACAUAUUAGUUGAGGAUGAGGGAAUAAAGGAUUUAAAUUCAAGAGGUUGGGAAGCGCAGAUUAUAAAAGCUCACUGUUUGUUCAAAUGGGGAAAUAUGUAUGGACAAGGCUGGUGAUAUUCUAUAUUUUGGUUAUUGUAAACAAAUCCUAUGAAAGACCAAAACCAACAAUACUUUCUUCAGCUGGGCACCGUAGUUUUUAGCAAAUAGUACUUAAACAGGAAUAAAUAGGAUAUAUAUUUGUUAGUUACUACUUUAAGCUGCGGAUCAAUCCACAAUGAGUGAUCUAGUAACUCUGAAUAAACUAUAGUGCUCAUGUUCAUCGUAAUGAAGGAACAUGCCACACAGUGCAACAGUGUGUCGCACUGAUGUGGUAAAUAGACCACAAAGGAGGUCUGUGGUGCAAAAGAACAUAUCCGGCUUUCACAGGUGAUAGUUAUUAGCAGGAUAUAUUCAUUGUUAUUUUUGGUCUUUUUUAUUGGACUUAUUGAUAUUAAGAAUAAUUGAAAAAAAUGUUUUAUCUUUCUUCUUUUAAUCGCACAAUUUUAAAGUGAAAGUUUUAAAAUCUGAUAGAUUUUGCUGACAGAAACCAACCCACUUGAAUUCCACAGAAUAUAUUCAGGUAGCCUGAGAUUCUUGAAACGUUUUCACCAAAGUGAUGUUUGUCAAAAUCAUAAGGGACGACUGAACUGAGUAUUUGUUAGUCAAAGCAUUUUACUUGAAUGUGUAUCAGUAUUGUACAUCUUCAGUUAAAAAUCAUCACACUUCAGUUGUUUUCAUAACGAUUGAGUUGGUUGACAGUUGUCUUUAUUUUGCUGUACUGAAGCUAACCACAUGCUUUUUUUUGUUUGUUAGAUGAUUGAUGCACAAACAUACUGUAGAUUCUGUUCAUUUCAAAGAUACUUGUUUACAAAGGGACUUAGUUUCAUUCAUUUAUAACUGACUUAUAAGACUCAGAAUUAUCUGUACUAUUUUUUUAAGAAUGUCUUUUGUUUGAAUAUCUGAAUAUUUGUACACCUUCUAAUAAGCGUUAUGUGUAUUUUUACAAGGCUGUGUGCUGGCAUAGCUGUGUUUGUGAAGCGCACAUUUUAAUGUAAAAUUAACUUGAAGAGAAAGGUGUGAACGAGUGCAUAAUUACCUUCUUCCUGUCAUCCCCCUGACCACCUCUGAGACUGAGGACAUGAUUAUGGUGAGUGUGCAGCCUGCUUCCAUGAUCAGUCAAGGAGAAAGAUGACAAGACAAGUGGCCUGACCAUUAAUAUUCAUUUCAUUAUUACUGAAAACCAAGCUCUGUGACUCUACCUUGUAUUUACAGUCGCUCUACAUCUUGCCUCUAGCGUCCUUCAUUUUCUGUUUAGCCAUCAUAUUCUCUUAUUUUACUUUCUCAACCCAUCUGCUGUCUCUUUGCACAGCCUAAUUUCUGUUUUUUUUCUUUUCCUUUUGUUAUUUUCUGUCUUCUCCCUCUGAAAUAAAUAUGGCAGCUGCAGCCUGAAAGAC